AUGAGUGGACUUUCUGGUUAUCACAUCAUGAUAGUCUCGAAGUACUUCGAGACUAUCAACGACUUAAUUAACUUGGAGUUGGUGUGCAAGAAGUUUGAUGGUAAUAUGGAAAAGUUCCACUUCAACCCAAUUCCGCUAAAUUCCAAAACACUUGGAUACUUCCCAAAUAUCGAGACACUUCAUUUGUGGGAUGUAAAAGAUGAAAACUUUAACAAUGGAUUUAUGAUCAACAGAGAUAAUGGAAAUUGUGAAAAUGAAGGUGUUUUAAAGAAAGAGUUAUAUCGAAUCAUCGUGUGGUUCAAUGUUGACUUUGAAACUGUUGACAGAAACAAAAGUCGAAACAUUGAGUUUAAAAAUGUUACUUACACUCAAAAUGAUAGAAAGAAAAGUGGUAAUAACAUACCAUUGGGUGUUACAUCGAUUGGUGAUUGUUGUUUCUACGAAUGUGGUAAAUUAAGCAGUAUUAUAAUACCAUCAAGUGUGACAUCAAUUGGUGAUUAUUGUUUCUAUAAAUGUAGUAGUUUAAGUAGUGUCAACAUACCAUCAAAUGUUAAAUCAAUUGGUGAAGGUUGUUUCAGUGGAUGUAGUAGAUUGACAAGUAUUACAAUACCAUUGAGUGUUACAUUAAUCGGUGAUUGGUGUUUCAAUAAAUGCAGUAGUUUAAGUGAUGUUAUUAUUCCAUCAGGCGUGACAUCAAUUAGUGGUGGUUGUUUCAAUGAAUGCAGUAGUUUAAGCAGUGUUACAAUAACAUCCAGUGUAACAUUAAUCGGUGAUUGGUGUUUCAAUAAAUGUAGUAGUCUGAGCAGUGUUAUAAUACCAUCAAGUGUCACUUCAAUUGGAAUUCGAUGUUUCCCAUCAAAUACAGUAAUUCAUCGAAAUUAA